CCCAUAAUGGAUGACGUGGACCCCUAAAAAUUCCUCAUAUAAGUUGUAUGGAUAUAUAUAUAUAUAUAUGUAAGAAUAUGGUUGGCAAUAAGAACACAAGCCACAAAGAAACAAAAGAAACACCAUGGAAGCCCUCAAUUAUCCUCUCUCCCUAAUGAAAACUCUACUCUCAUCUUCUUCUCUUUUCUUCAUUUUGAUAACAUGUUUUCUGGAAAUAACAAAUGCUUUCCAAGCCAGUAUAAAAGAUACUGAAAAUCUAAAGCAUUACCAUACUGUGGAAAUCACUUCUCUUUUGCCUGCCUCUGUCUGCACUCCAUCCAUUACAGGUUUCAACAAGAGGCAAUCGACACUGGAAGUUACUCACCAGCAUGGUCCGUGCUCUAAGCACGUUCAUGGUGACACUGUCACUGCACCAUCCCUAAGUGAGAUCCUCUCCAAUGAUCAAUCCAGAGUUGAUUCCCUACAUGCAAGAAUCAAUCCACAGUUAAACACAAAUAAAAUCAAGGGCACGGGUUCAAGAACGCACAGGGUCAGCGAUAAAAAGGCCAGCCUCCCAGCAGAAUCGGGUCGCUCGCUUGGCAGUGGUAACUACAUCGUCGUCAUAGGCCUUGGGACCCCACUGAGACGUCUUUCUCUACAAUUCGACACAGGUAGUGACCUAACAUGGACACAAUGCGAACCAUGUGCCAGGUCAUGCUACCAACAGAAAGAACCGAUUUUUGACCCAUCUACCUCAAGUUCAUACCUCAAUAUAUCUUGCAGUUCACAAGAAUGCGGUCAGCUUUUGGGCGCCACGGGCAUCAACCCCGGAUGUUCUUCCUCAACAUGUGUUUAUGGGAUAAGAUACGGUGAUCAAUCCUCCUCAGUAGGUUUCUUUUCGAGGGAUAAAUUGGCAUUGACUGCAACAGAAGUCAUUUCAAACUUCAUAUUUGGAUGUGGCCAAAACAACCGUGGUUUGUUUGGGAACACUGCAGGUAUAUUGGGUCUCGGAAGAGAUCCUGUAUCGAUUGUGUCUCAAACAGCACCGAAAUAUGGCAAAUACUUCUCAUAUUGCCUCCCGCCAACUUCUAGCUCAAGAGGGUUCUUGGAAUUAGGCAGAAGUGGAAGUUCAAGCCAUGUCCGGUUCACCCCUUUUUCUAGCAGUCGAAGCAAAGAACUAUACUUCAUUGACAUUCAGUCAAUAACUGUAGGAGGGCUCAAACUACCAAUCAGCCAAUCUGUUUUCACGACUGCAGGAAGCAUAAUAGAUUCAGGCACUGUCAUAACACGCCUGCCCCCAGCAGCAUACGGCGCAAUGAGAGCAGCAUUCCGGAAAGGAAUGGCGCAGUACAAAAGUGCGCCAGCCUUUUCGAUAUUGGACACUUGCUAUGACUUCAGCGGUCUCACAACUGUUACAAUCCCGACUAUAUCUUUCACAUUCAGCGGCAGUGUUAAAAUUGACCUCCAUCCCACCGGAGUACUGAUAGGUGUUGGUAAUUCGGUAUUGUGCCUUGCUUUUUCUGCAAACAAUUACGACACCAGCGUGGGCAUAUUUGGGAACACUCAGCAGAAGACUUUUGAGAUUGUUUAUGAUGUUGCUGGAGGAAGAUUAGGCUUUGGCCCUGGUGGGUGCUAAUAAGUAACACAAAAUCAUAUCAUUAUCAUAAUUGGAUGCUCGGUAAGCACUUACCUUCGAUAAUAGUCUGUACUAUGUAAGCAAUAAGUUAGCCCGAAGAGCACAAAAAACCAGUCAAAGAAAGUGAGGUUAAUUAUGAUAUGUACUAAUGAAAAAUAGUAUGUGUGAAUUAUCAUACUGGCAAACACGAAAUAAGGCGAUCUUUUUAAUA